AUGGCAUCACACCAUAAUGCUAAUCCCUGGCAUGGCAGUUCAAGACCACAGCCCAUUACGAUGCAUGAAAUAAUCUACGUGGUAGCAAAUGACAAGUUUACCCCCUCAACAUAUCACAUCUGCAAGCAAAAACACUGGUUUUCCACUGCCAUGGACGUUGAAAAAUGGUUCAAAUCAGGCAGUGGAAACCACUCGGAGUGUGACUACGACCGAUUUCUGCAGUUUAACUUGCCGCCGGGGACUGUAUCGAAAGCACCCAUUUGGAGACUCUUGUGGAGGAAGUUAAAGAAGGAAAAGAAGAGAUUUUUCGAUCGUUCAAGUUCAGUGCAAUAUUUCACUUAUGAUCCAUAUACUUACGCACUAAACUUUGAUCAGGGCUUGAAGUGGGCUGAUUCUGAUGAUCUCUCCCGAUCGUUUUCCGCUCGCUUCUCAGUUCCGUCUAGGAUCUUCCAGCAGAAUGGCUGA